AAUGAACCCGGCGCCUGGGUUCUUUACACUUCUUGUCAAUGUGAGCCAAGAGAUAAGCUUCGAUGAUUUUUCCAACCGCCGAAAGACCGAGAGAUCUGACUCGGUUCAUCCAAUCGGGGAGAAUCCUGACAAGCCUUGGCUAAGACUGCGCACAUCUCAAAAGUCCGGAAGUCCGAGUUUUUCCUACCGCCGUCACUUUUUUGGAGAACUCACCUGGUUACUCCAAGCAAUACCCUGCCCUGAAGUGCGAAGAUGCUUCGCCCUCACCAUUUUCCGUUUGUGCGGACGUGGGCUCCACCCUCCUUGGCCAAAUCGCGGAUACUUGCUCGAUGUCUCUUCCAUUCCUUUUUUUGCUGUUGACACAGCACAAGUGGCCUUGGUAGUCCAAGAGACCGCAGUGUCCCGCGGAACGCGAGCUGAAGGUACUCACGGCGUAGUCAGUGUCAAUUCCCCGGACAUUCGCGAACGCACGCCUGCUGCAGCACCCGGUCCAUUUUUUAAUAGGUCUCUUUGCUGUUGCAUAGAAGACCUUAAAACUCACCUGUCUGAUUGUGAUAAAUCGCAUUCAAUUUGCGAACAAUCACUUCUACCGGUCAGUUACUACGACAUGUCGUCUGGACCGGAGUCAUCGCAAGAAAACAGCUCUGCACUCGUGCAUUCAAUGCCACGCACGGUCGACAAUGCUCUGGAAAAAGAGGAAAACCCCGACCACACCGUUGUUGAUCUGGCGCGCAAAUUCACUGCACAUUCAGAAAUACGAAAUCUUGGAUCGCCUUUCGCCGCCACAGAAGAGAGUCGACUGAAUCCUAAGAGCGAAUCUUUUCGAGCGAGAGAUUGGGCGAAAUCAUUUUACAAUUUGCGCUAUAGCAGCGACGAUGCAUUGCCUCGUGUAGCUGGUGUUGCUUUGCGAGACUUGAAUGUUUGGGGCAAAGGAUCUCCGACGGAUUUCCAGUCUACAGUAGGCAACAACAUCCUGAAACUACCCUCAAUUUUUGGCCAGGGAACCGAAAAAAUUGAUAUCCUACAACACGUCGAUGGACUGCUUCUUCCAGGGGAGCAGUUGUGUGUGUUAGGUCCUCCCGGGUCAGGUUGCUCGACACUCCUAAAAACCAUCGCUGGAGAAACCCAUGGUUUUCAGGUCAAUCCGGAUUCCUGCAUCAACUAUCAGGGUGUGUCUGCAAAGGAGAUGAGCACUACCUUCAAGGGCGAAGCGAUAUAUACUGCAGAGGUCGACGCGCAUUUCCCUCAGCUCAGCGUGGGAGACACGCUCUAUUUUGCCGCCCGCGCACGCGCUCCUCGUCAACUUCCCGAAGGACUAUCAUCCCACCAGUAUGCGGAGCACCUGCGCGAUGUCGUAAUGGCAAUGCUGGGAAUCUCUCACACUGUCAAUACUCGUGUUGGUGAUGAGUACCUGCGGGGUGUUAGCGGGGGUGAGCGGAAACGAGUCACUAUUGCCGAAGCCACCCUGAGCUUCGCACCGCUACAAUGCUGGGACAAUUCUACACGAGGACUCGACUCAGCAAACGCCGUGGAAUUUUGCAGAACAUUGCGAACUCAGUGCGACAUUUUCGGUGUGUCUACAUGUGUCGCGAUCUACCAGGCACCCCAGGCUGCUUACGAAGUUUUUGACAAGGUGACGGUGCUGUAUGAAGGGCGCCAAAUAUAUUUUGGGCCCGCGGGCGAAGCUCGUGCCUAUUUUGAGAACCUAGGAUUCGAAUGCCCAGAAUCGCAGACCACGCCGGACUUUCUCACUUCGAUGACAGCGCCAUCUGAACGGAGGAUUAGGACCGGCUUCGAGAAUGCUACCCCGCGAACAGCCGAUGAUUUUGCGCGUUGCUGGAAGGAGAGUGCCGCCAGAAAACAGUUGAUAUCUGACAUCGAACGGUACAACACUGAACACCCGAUCGCCGGAUCAGAUUACGAAAAAUUUGCCCUUUCCAGGAAGCUCGAGAAAUCGAAGCGCCAACGCACGAAUUCUCCUUACACUUUGUCGUACAUGGGCCAAAUCAAGCUUUGCAUGUGGAGAGAGUGGCAGAAAUUCAAGAAUGAUCCUAGUAUUUUCAUUGCUAUGCUUACAAUGAACUUCUUCGAGGCUCUCAUCAUCGCCAGCAUUUUCUACAAUCUACCCAAAACAACCGGAGCUUUCUUCUCUAGAGGAGCAGUCGUUUUCAUGGGGGUUCUGCUAAACGCUUUCGCGAGUAUCGUGGAGAUUAUGUCUAUGUAUUCGAAGCGCACCAUUGUUGAAAAGCAUAACCGAUACGCUCUCUACCAUCCGAGUGCUGAAGCCUUAUCGUCAAUCAUCAUGGAUAUGCCGUACAAAGUUAUCAAUUCAACACUCGUCAACUGUACGUUGUAUUUCAUGGCAAACCUCCGUAGAGAGCCAGGUCCUUUCUUCUUCUUCUGGCUUGUCUCGUUCGCGAUGCUUGUCGCUAUGAGCAUGCUAUUUCGGUUGCUUGCGUCCAUGAGCAAAAGUAUUGAGCAGGCUCUUGCGCCUGCGUCUCUGCUGCUCAUGCUCAUCAUUCUGUACACUGGCUUCGUCAUCCCCGUUGAAUACAUGAAAGGAUGGGCUGGGUGGACUCGUUGGCUCAAUCCUGUCUCCUAUGGGUUCGAGAGCGCUAUGGUGAACGAAUUCCACAACCGGACAUUUGAGUGCUCCGCAUACGUUCCAUCAGGUCCCUCCUACGAGAAUAUCAGCGCAAAUCAGCGCGUUUGCUCUGCGCAGGGAUCACAGCCUGGCGUGGAUUUCGUCAGCGGCACUGCGUUCGUUGAUGUCGCAUACGAUUACCAAUGGGUUAAUCGGUGGAGGAACUGGGGCAUAAUCGUGGUUCUGACCAUCGCCCUUCUGGUCGCGCACUUGUUCAUGACCGAGUACGUCGCGGCCGCCCGCUCGAAAGGGGAGGUUCUGGUCUUCCGCAGAUCCACCAUGAAAAAUCGACCUAAACGCAAUCAAAACGACGAAGAAUCCGGGAGUAAUGCCGUCUUCAAAGGAGAGACCUCGAGCGCAAGCUCCAAUUCGGAUCUUCAAGUACAGAAGCAGAGUUCCAUCUUUCACUGGGAAGAUGUCAACUACGAGAUUGACAUCAAAGGUGAAAAGCGCAAGAUUCUAGAUUCUGUCGACGGAUGGAUCAAGCCGGGCACUCUCACGGCCCUAAUGGGCGUUUCUGGGGCCGGGAAGACCACCCUGCUCGAUGUUCUGGCUAGUCGGACAACGAUGGGUGUCAUCAGCGGCAACAUUUUUGUAGAUGGCCAUGUACGCGAUGCCUCUUUCCAGCGGAAAACCGGGUAUGCGAUGCAACAGGACAUCCAUCUGGCUACGUCUACUGUGCGAGAAGCGCUAGAAUUCUCGGCUAUCUUGCGCCAACCUCCCGAAUACACGCGUGCCGAAAAACUAGCGUACGUUGACCAGGUCAUCAGCAUUCUGGAUAUGGAAGAGUAUGCAGACGCUGUAGUCGGAGUGCCUGGGUCCGGUCUCAAUGUUGAACAACGCAAGCGAUUGACAAUUGGGGUCGAGCUUGCUGCCCGCCCAAAACUACUUCUCUUUCUCGACGAGCCCACGUCCGGAUUAGACAGUCAGACCUCUUGGUCAAUUUGUGACCUUAUGGAAAAGCUUACACGUAAUGGACAAGCAAUCCUUUGCACCAUUCACCAGCCAUCAUCUUUGUUGUUCCAGAGGUUUGAUCGCCUGCUUCUUCUGGCAAAGGGUGGACGAACAGUCUAUUUUGGAGAUAUUGGUCAACACUCGCGGAUUCUUCUUGACUAUUUUGCCCGCAACGGUGGCCCAGCCUACGACACUACUGAAAACCCAGCCGAGUAUAUGUUAGCCGCAAUCGGCGCAGCUCCAGGCACUGAGACAAGCAUCGAUUGGCCGGGGGUCUGGAGAAGCAGUCCAGAAUACACCGAUAUGCAGACCGAGCUUGGCCGACUCAGAGCGCUCGAAGAAUCCCGAAGAGGAAGUGAACCACAAUCAACGGACGGCAGCCACCAAGCUUUUGCUGCUUCCAUGGCCACCCAACUCAAGACCGUUGCCCUUCGUUGUGGUCAACAAUACUGGAGAUCGCCAUCCUACAUCUACUCCAAAAUCCUUCUCAUUGUGGGCUCCGCCAUCAUCAUCAGCUUCUCUUUCUUCAAUGCCGACAAUACCCAGCAAGGGCUUCAAAAUCAGAUGUUUGGCGUGUUCAUAUUUUUGUUCGCAUUCAUCCAGAUGAUGUUCCAAGUAAUUCCAAUCUUUAUCAAACAAAGGACCCUCUACGAAGCGCGAGAACGCCAGUCCAAAACAUACGCAUGGCAGGCCUUUAUCAUUUCCAACAUCGUCAUCGAGAUGGCUUGGAACGCACUUAUCGGUGUAAUCUGCUUCCUCGUAUGGUACUACCCGAUGGGACUCUACCGCAACGCCGAAGCCACCAACAGCACCCACAUCCGCGCCUUCCACUCUUUCAUCGUCAUCCUCGGCGCCUUCUUCUUCUCCUCCACCCUCUCUCAUAUGACUCUAGCCGGGACGCCCAACGAAGAAAUCGCCUCGGGCAUCGUCACCCUACUUUCCAUCUUUCUAUACGCUUUUUGUGGUGUUCUCGCUGGUCCUGACGCACUCCCGCGCUUCUGGAUUUUCAUGUACAGAGCGAACCCCUUCACGUACAUUGUUAGCAGUCUUCUGAGUGCCACGAUGGGGAUGGCGCCUGCGCAUUGCGCAGAGAGCGAGUUUGUCACGUUCGAGGCGCCCGGUGGUGAGAGCUGUAGCGAGUAUAUGCGCGAGUAUAUUGGGUUUGCGGGAGGAUACUUGCGGGAUGCGAAUGCGAUGGACCAGUGCCAUUACUGCCAUUUGGAGAGUACGGAUCAGUUCCUGCGCAGUGUGAAUGUGAAGUGGGAGACGAGGUGGAGGGAUUUGGGCUUGAUUUGGGUGUAUGUUGGGGUUAAUGUGUUGGGCGCUUUGCUCUUCUAUUGGCUCUGUCGCGUGCCGAAGGGGAAGAAGAGGAAGAGUGGCUAG